AUGUCCAAUCCUCUACUCCAGACACCAGCAGUCUCCUCAAGCUCAGUUGAAGCAACCCCAGACGCUGCUGCGGCAGACCCAGCUUCCAAGACAAAGAAGACAAAAGUGGCGAAGAAGAAGAAGAAGACGGCCAACAAGGGACCGACGGACGAGCAGCUGUUUGGGAACACAGACGACAUAUUUGGGGGCAUCCCCGAAGCCAAGCAAAAGACACCCAAGACCAAGAAGAAGAAGAAAGCGAGUGGAGAGGCAGCAGUAGUUGGGGACAGCCAUGCGGAUACUGGUGAGACAGAGGAAAAGAAGAAGACGAAGAAGAAGGCUAAGAAGACAGAGCCCAAGGACCUGUCCAUGUUUGAUGCUGACGCUCCAAACAUUUUCGAUGACCCCCUCAAUGCAAUGGGCUCUACUAGCUGAGGCCAGCUCCUCCCUCUCCCUCUCUCCCUGUCCCUCUCUCCCUGUCUCUCUCUUCCUCUGUUGUGUGGCAGCGUGGUGUGUGCGGUGUGUACAUGUAUGUACUACCAGCUCUGUCUCGAUAAUGUUUUGUAAUGUACAGAAAAGGUUUGUGUUUCAAUGUCAUGCUCGGUUAUAAAGAAACGGUGUACGCGUAAAACGAGAAGUUGUGAUUCACAAAGGAGUUAAUGCUCACUAUUACACUGCAUGUUUGAUAUAACUAGAACGAAUGCAACACAUAUUUGGCAAGUGAAUGCGACGUAUAUUUGUUUGCGUGCAUAUUUAGAAUCACGCAAAGUAUUACAGUAUAUUCAGUGCACGCCACAUACAGGUUAAUAUAGAAAAAAAUCUGUAUUGAGACUAUAAUACUAGGUAGACUUCCUUCAGUGGAAAAUCAAACGGAAGGAUCAAGAGAUCGGUGGAAUCAACUUCCAGUGAGCUGCCACUCUUUCUAAGGUAAUGUUAAUUCAAUUGUAGUAGAACCUUGGGUCUUUACUUGGUGGCAGGAUGCUGGCGAGGUAACCGUGGCGAUGAAAAAUGCACAGUGUACUUGUGAGACUGUGUUCAUCAACAUCAACCAGAAAAUCUCCCCCUAGCAACCUCCUUACUGCAAUAUAAUGUUACGCAGGGCAUGCUGAUAAUGAGUGUGUGAAUAGUGAAGAUUCCUACAGUACCUCAUGAAAUUUUCAAGUUUACGCCUUUUCCUUCCAACACCACAAAUAUGUUUUCCUCUAUCUGAUCUUUGCCUGCUGUGUGGCAGUCAGUAUACACAGUGCAGUAUUAAUAUCACUUCCUCUUUGGACCAGCCACAGGGGUGUCUGGGGAGCCCUG